AGAGGAGCUACACCUAGGUACAGUACCUUGAGGUUGACCAAAAGAACCUGAACAAUGAAGACCUUCAUCUUCACCUUCUUUCUGCUGGCUAGUCACAGCUUUUGGGAAACAAAAGCUCAAGGAUCAGACUCAGCAUCAGGAUCACAAGGAAAUAUAGUAGGACUUAAUUGUCUUGGGAAGAUUGUUGAGGCGGCUCCAAACUUCGCUACAGAUCUUAUAGAUUUUAUAUGCGCAGUAUAUAACAGUGACUCGUCAUCAGAGGACAAGGCUGCAAAAAUCGUAACAUUUGUAAAAGAGUAUGGAAAUGUGGUGGAUGGCUGUGAUCUCCGCAAAAUCCUCGGGCUUGGUGAAGUAAAUUUGGUGGAUGUCACUGCUGACUCUGCACAACCUAUUGUAGAAACUGUUAUCACAUCUUUGGAUAGUUUGGGAUUAAAAGAUGUACUCUCGUUAUUAUGCGAUUCGGCUACCUGUAUAACAAAGAUUGUUGCGUCACUAACAAACCUCCUAAAUAAACGGAAUCCCACACAAGUCUGCAAGAAUCUGAAUAAGACCAUUAAGGAUUUGAUUACCCAAAAUUGUCCUCUGCCUAAAAAAGCUAUGCCUGGCGCUGCGAAACUAGCGACGGAUCUCGUAAUAAAACAAAUUCUGGAACAAGUUGGACCUAUAUUGGAAACAGUUUGUGGAGUGGUAGAUGGGCUUUUAAACAAGGUUGUUGGUGGUUUGGUGGGCCUCUCUGUGUGAACAUGGAAAGAAGAUCCUUCACAUGGAUGCAAUCAAAUACUGAAAUUCCAAUCAAUACUCUCUUUUCAUUUACCUUUUUUUCCUAAAUCAAGUCUCUCUAAAUUAAUACUAGAAAGUCGUCUUUACUGCUUUUCAAAUAAUUGAUUAAUAAAUUCAUUGCAUAUCAA